AUGAGCGCAAGCUCAAGUACCGGUCCUGCGAGGACUACUAGAUCCUCAGUUCGAAAGAACCCAAUACAAAUAGUAAAAGAUCCAAUUAUUAAGAAAAAAGUAGCAAAAAACUCCUCGAAACCCAAACAAAUUAAUUCAAAUACAAUGGAAGAAAUUCAUGAAACAGAAGAAUCCCAAGAUAUGAUAUAUGAAAAUCAACCAGAAGUAAUAAUUUUAUCUAAAGACAAAGGUAAAAACAAAGAAAUAACAACAGAACAAAAUGUCCCCUUUGAUAAACAAUCCUUAGAAAACAAUCCCUUGGGAGGAAACGUAGACGAAAGCGAAUGGACCCAAACUGAAAACAGUCAUCACCCUGACUGGCGUCAAAAGUUUAAUACAAAGAAAUAUAAAAUUUGGACAUACGCUUCAAGAAUCCCUGGAAAAAAUAUUGGGAAAAAAAUUGAACACGUGAAAAAAACCCUUAGACAAGAGACUGAAUUAAUUUUAGUAAGAUCUGAAAACAAUGGAAAAGACAAAAUGAUUUCAGUAUUGUUCGACAACAAAGAAAAAAUGCAGAAAGCAAAAAAAAUAAAUGUAAGUGAAAAUGUAGAAUUGCCCGCAUACAUGCAUGCGGCGCAAGUAUACAAAUCUAGACCUUUCAAUGAUAAUAAUAAAGGAGUCAAGUUGUGGGACAUUCCACUUGGAGUUAAACAUAAUGAACUAAAAAUAGAAUUAGAAAACCUCUAUGGAACCAUAGUACAUCUCAGAUUAAUCCCAACAGGAAUGUGGCAAUUCGCGGUUGUUAUAUUUGAAAAUGAAGAAAGUGAAAAAAACCUUUUACAACAAUGGAGUAUAAUAAUUGGAGAAGAUUCUUUUCAUGUUACCUCCACAGAUUGUAACUAUAAUCAAUUAAUGGAACGUGGUAAAUACGCAGCACAGAUAAUUAAUCUGCCAUUUGGUAUUACAGCCAGGGAAAUUAUCCCAAACAUUAUGACAAUUAAAGCUUUAACAUGUUAUAUUCCAAGAACAAGAAAUUAUAGGAGAAAAGGAGAGGCAAUUAUUUCUAAUUAUGACCACCAAGAAGAAAUGGACGAAGACGAUGACAUACCCAAGGAUAAUAAUGACCCUUCUAUCGAAACAACAAAUGUAGAACCUGAUAAAACUGAUAAACUUCUUAAUGUAGUUGAGAAUAUUGGACAACGAAUAUCUUCAUUAGAAGACAGCUUACAUUCAUCUAAAAAUAAUAAUAGAUCACAUAGAAUAGAAAGUUGGGGAUCCCCUUCUAAUCAAUACGAUACGAUAAUAGACAAUACCAAAACUUAUCACACUUGGUGGACUAGUAAAGAAACACAGGGUUCAGGAUCAGGUGUCGGAAUAAUGGUAUACUCUGAUAUUGCGCAACAUGUAUAUAAAAUUGAUAGAUUUAAAGCAAGGGCAAUUUGUUUAUAUCUCUCUUUUAACGGAAAAUGUACGGUACAAUUAAUUGCGACAUAUGCCCCUACUCAACAACUAAAAUAUAGGAAUGAAAUAAAGGAAUUAAACAAAUG